CUCUAUGGUCGAGGGAGCCCCGCAUGGUCGACCCGCAGACCUGGGUUAUUUCCGGAAGCGAAUUGGGACGCUUUCCCUCUGCUUCCGCAGGGCUCCUGGCGGGUGGCGGUGACCGAGUGGGUCUCGGGACUAGUGGCGAGCACAAACCAACCAGACCUCUAACUCCUCCCGUGGCAGCCUGCGUGCCAGCAUCCUGGAACCUGGAGCCAUCAAUCCAAACUGGAGCCCAUGUCUGCUAGAGUUCAGCCUAUCUAGGGUGCAGGUGAAAUUUGAGGCCAGUGUCUCAGUGUCCAUUAAAGGACUGCUAAGACUGUCUUGGUGAACUUGUGGCCAGCCUAACCAUCCAUGCUUCACAUCCCUGUUAUCCUUGGUCACCGUCCAAGAUCAGUAUACAGAGAAGAUGAGAUGUGGUCUAAUGGACUGUAUGACAAAAUACCUCCUCAGAAUGCCCACAGUGAUGAAUCUGACCUGAAGAUAACAAGAGAUGGUCUUUCUGCAAGCCAGAAUGCCUACAGUGAUGAAUCUGGCCUGAGAAUAACAAGAGAUGGUCUUUCUGUAAGCCAGAAUGCUCACAGUGAUGAAUCUGACCUGAAGAUAACAAGAGAUGGUCUUUCUCUAAGCCAGAAUGCCCACAGUGAUGAAUCUGGCCUGAGGAUAACAAAAGAUGGUCUUUCUGCAAGCCAGAAUGCCCACAGUGAUGAAUCUGACCUGAAGAUGACAAGAGAUGGUCUUUCUGCAAGCCAGAACGCUCACAGUGACGAAUCUGGCCUGAGGAUAACAAGAGAUGGUCUUUCUACAAACCGACAGCAUGAGUAUAGGGAUAUGAAAGAUGAUUUUAGAAGAAAAUGUUCCUCCUCUUCCCAUUAUUCAAGAGAGCGGUCUCCCCAUAAAGGGGAUUCUCAUUUUUUCAGAAAGUCAAGUGUAGGUCAGAAGAACUCCCCACGUAGCAGAUCUGGAUCCAGUGGCGGGCACUCCCCAAAACGAAGCAGACGACAUUCUUCCCCUUUGUCAGAUCUUAGGCAGUCCAGGCAUGCUCAUGCUUUCUACAGAUGGCACAGAGAAGAAAAGCCAGAAGGAGGGCAAAAGAGACCUGGCCAGUCUUUGAAAACAUUAAGAGACACACACCCAGCAAGUUCUUCAACAGUUCCUUCAUCAGAAGUUUUAAACAAAUACAACAAAUUCAAUGAAAAGGGACUUCCUGAAGCUACCAGCAGUCAGACAGUAGAAAAGCCUAAGGUGGCAGAUGAAAGUGACUUACCUAAAAUUUCUGAGUUUAAGGUGGGACUCACAGAACAAUUACUUACGGAUCAGCCACAGGAACCUGAGUCAAACAGAACUGAACGCACAGAAUUAGUUGAUGACCAGCUAACUAAUCGCCUUAAAGCAAUAGCAUCAAAAACCAAGGAAAUUGAACAAGCAUACCACCAAGACUGUGAAACCUUCGGGAUGGUGGUGAAAAUGCUGGUUGACAAAGAUCCUUCAUUAGAAAAGUCCAUUCAGUUUGCACUUAGGCAGAAUUUGCAUGAAAUAAGUGAGCGGUGUGUGAAAGAGCUUAGGCAGUUCAUUGCAGAGUAUGAUGCUUCUUAAGAAUUGGUGCUCUAGCAGAAAAGUGCUCCUUGAUUGUUAAUUAGAGAAUUGCAUAAGUGUUUCAAAUAUGGAGUGUUUGUGAUGAAAGGAAAUACUCCAGUGUCAAGUAAAAUCUAAAAUGGUCACUUUAAAAUAAUCUAUUCAGAACUCUAUUCCACCUAUAGAGCCUUCUAAUUCAUACACACACCAAUGUUCAGUGAGUGUCUUAGCCUCUGGGGAGCAGCUUUCUGCUCUUACUCAUGUUCUGUAGUCUUCCAAGUACAAGAAUGUGUGGCCCAGGUGUACUUUAUAGUUAGAGGCUGGACUUUAUAGUGAAUGAUAGUAUGUAAAAUGUUAGCAUUUGAGUUGUGGUUUUUAUUGGCUUUUUCUUAGGCUUUGUUUCUUGUAUUAAACAUAUCCUACAUUAAAGUUUAUUACUUUAAUAAACUGGUACUUUGGUA